GCGGCAGUACGCCGAGCUUGUCACUGAAGCCGCCCCUGCAGAUAGGCAGACCUUCAGGGCGUCUGGCCGCUUUUCAUUGGUGACAAGGCGAGACGCCAGUCAUCGGUAACCCCGGCUCAACCCCGCAGUGCGGGGCACCUGAGCACGCAUAUCUACGUUAUAUGAGCCAGCUCAAGCAACUCGGCGGCUAGGACGGCACUUCUCUCCUCCUGUCGGGAGUGUGUCGACACAACACCUGAUGUAUGGGGAUCCAGCCAAGAGCCGAAAACCUCCGACAUUCAUCAUGGAAGAGGACGUUCUGAUGAAGGAAAGACUGCAAGCCAUCACAGAUAAGAAAAAGGUUCAAGAAGAUACAGCAAGGAAAAGACUGGAAAUCGACAAAGAGAAGUUAAGGCUUCAGUACCUAAAGAAGAAGGCAGUGCGGGAGCAGUGGCUCUUGGAAGGACAGGGCGCCCCCUGUGGGACAGGGCAUGAAGGCAGCAGACAACAGAUACAGGAGCAGCAGGAGCAAAUCAGGACCCUGCAGAGCAACAUCUACAGAAUGGAAAUAGAAGUGGAGGCUUUGGAGAGGCAGGAAAUGAUGAUUUCCACCAAUGAGGGUUUUAUCCUGAAAAGGCUGAAGACAGUGGAAAAGUCUGCAGAAGACAUUAUAAAGGCAGUCAAGUCUCGAAUACAAGAAGAGUCUACCGAGCAGGUCCCCUCCACAAAUACAUCCACACCCUACAGAUCUCCACGCCUGCAAAAACACAACCCAGGGCCAAACGUGGACCAGCCGACAAGAGCUCUAUAUGCUAUGGAAAUAAAUGUACAGAGGGAUAAGAGGACCGGAGAGAGUGUGGUCCUAUCAAAAGCAAGCAUCCCACCACAGCAAGCUCAGAAGAAUGGGGUGAAAGUCUACGAUGAUGGGAGAAGGUCGGUUUAUGCCGUGCAUCCAGGAGGACAGGACUUCAUCGAUGGCGUGAAUAAGCUAAGUCCUGAUGAGGUGGAGCAGCUCCUGAGGACAGCCCCUAAGCAACCGUUCAGAAAUGUCCCAGAAUGCCACGGGUCGGGGACCCCAAGGUUGAGUGCCACGCCACCAAACGCUAGAAGACCAGUGGCAGACCAAAUGACAUCAGAGUCCAAUGGAGUUCAGGGAUUAAGUCCAACAAUCCCCAAGAUCACAUGCAAUGAGACGGGGCAGUUUUGGGAACGUGGAAGUUCCAUGGUGCCAUCUUACAUUCCAGUUUCCUGUAGUGGCGUAGAAGAUAGACACUAUGGCCAGAACAUUAGGCACGGCCAAAGGUGUUCCUCAAAGUCAGGAGACAAUGAAGCAAUACAAAGACCUCAAAACCCUAAGCAUACCACUGGGGACACCCCUACAGGGACUCCCAAGGAACCCCCUAGGGAUUCCCCAAAUCAUAAGAAUCCACCUCUUUCAGACUCCCAGAAUUCCAGAGGUGACCUCCUGAACACCAUGGCGGAAGAUCUCGACUCUUUAAAGCCAGUCACGAUGAUCUUCAUGGGUUACCAAACCAUCUCGGACGGCGCGCACGUUCCGGGCCAUGAUGGCGCGAUCCGGGCCGAGCUGGUGAUCAUCGCCAGCGACGACGACGAUGAAGGCCACCGCGGCGUGGUUUGCCAUCCCAGCAGGAGCCCCGGGCCAAUACAGCACCCCCCCGUGGCCCAGGGCAGCGGCAGUGUGACCAGCAGGCCCGGCAUUCUGCCUGCACACUUUCAGGAAGCCAAGCUAAUUCCCCCCACAGCAAACAUGGCAACAGAUGGGGAUGUCAUGACAGAUGCCUCCACCGCAGCGACGCGUGAGGGGAUGAAGGCACUAAGCAACGAGACUUAAUCUUCCAGGGAAUACGACCCCCCCCUCCCCUCCACAAUCACCAUAUUCUGUUGAGAAGCACAAUGCAAUCCAGACGUAACUAUCAGGAGACCACUGAUGGAGAAGUCUAUAAAUACAAACGGAUCUUCAGAGGAAAUGUUUUUCUAUAAAGUACAAGCCAAUAACAUAAUUUUUAAUGUAAUUUGGAAGCAAUCGUGAUAAGUAAGAAAAAUACCAGUAUCUGUUUGUAUGUGCUGUGAUGGGCUGCCCCCCUGUCCUGGGUUGUUUCUGCCUCGUGCCCAUAGCUUCUGGGAUAGGCUCCGAAUCCCCCCCCCCCCCCCCCCCCCGCGACCCAGAAGGAUAAGUUGUUUGGAAAACGGAUGUUCUCUUGAAGAUGCUACUUUUGAUGCCGUCAGGAUUUUAUUAAUGUUUUAUUAAGAUUUAUUAAAGAAUAUACUUAUCGAACUAUCAAGAAACCAACAAAAAGAAUCUAUGCAAAAGUAUAUGAAGUAAUUGUGUUUGGUGGCUGCCUGCAAUAAACUUAAAAGUUAAUGACAAAA